AUGAUCAAAGGACAUGUAUUCAUAUGUGAUGACAAUUAUUGUCCAGAAAAGCAGUUGGCUCAUAUGAAAUCAAACUUAACGUCAACUGUGUUCUCAUUCGAUACCAAAUUGAAUCAUGCAACCAAUAGAAGAAUUCGUAUGAGGCUCUGUUCUUUUAUUCCAAGUUGUUAUCUUCUACCAAGGACGAAACUAAUCUUGAGCGAGACGACAACAUUUGCCCAGAAAAAACGUGCUCUCAACCAACGUUGUAUGACAAAUACCGAUUGUGCCAAUGGCAACUGUCAUAUUCUACUCAAAACAUGUCAAACACCUUCGUGUACAGAUGGUAACAAAAAUCAAGAUGAACUAGCUAUUGAUUGUGGAGGCGCAACUUGUUUAACUGCAUGCAGCGAACUACAAUGA